CAGGCGCCGUGACCUCUGCCGGCACCAAGAUGGCUGCGGCCCGCGGCAGGGCCGGCGGAGUCUCGGGGCUGCUGUUCCGCGCCGAGCAGGCCGGCUCCGUGUAACUUCCCCUUUCCGCAGCUGGAGAUCCUGAAGGCGAUUGUUAGGCGUUCUGAUGAAGAGUGAGUGUUUGCAUCCUUCAGAAUGCCUAACUCCAACUCCAAAUUUCAUCUCAGCCAUCGAGGUGCUCGGGAAGCUGGCAGGCAGGAGUUAGUUUCCAGGUCUUUGCAGAGCGCUCAGCAUUGCCUGGAGGACCAGGAUUUUGGAACUGCCUAUGCCCACUAUCUCCUGGUGCUACACCUAGCUCCUGAGUUAAAAACUAGUGUCAAAGAAACGUUUCAGUUUACUCUCUUUAAAUGGGCAGAGGAGCUGGAUUCUCUGGCACGGGUCCAAGAUCUGUUUAACUGCUACGAGCAAGCCCUUGAACUGUAUCCAAAUGACGAAGUGAUAUGUAACAGUAUGGGAGAACACCUUUUCAGAAUGGGCUUUAGAGAUGAAGCAGCUGGGUACUUCCAUAAAGCAGUGAAGCUUAACCCUGACUUUGCUGACGCCAAGGAGAACUUCUACCGCGUUGCGAACUGGCUGGUGGAGCGCUGGCAUUUCAUCAUGCUCAACGACUCCAAGAGGAACCUGACUUACCUGAACGCCAUCGAGAAGGCUGUCCACUCAGGCUGCACUUCUGUGCUUGAUAUUGGAACAGGAACAGGAAUUCUGAGUAUGUUUGCAAAAAAGGCAGGAGCCUCUUCUGUCUAUGCCUGUGAACUAUCAAAAACCAUGUACGAACUUGCCCGGGAUGUGGUGGCAGCAAACAGCAUGGAAAGAGAGAUCAAACUUCUGCAUCUGAAGUCACUUGAUUUAGAGAUUCCAAAGCACAUACCUGAAAGAGUUUCCUUGGUCGUCACAGAAACAGUUGAUGCUGGUUUAUUUGGGGAAGGCAUUGUAGAGAGCUUGAUACACGCUUGGGAGCAUCUCCUUCUCCAGCCAAAGCCUAAAAAUCAAGAUGUCAGUGCUGGAGACUAUGGCAGAGUUAUUCCUGCGAGUGCUACAGUAUUUGGGAUGGCAGUAGAAUGCAAAGAGAUACGUAGGCAUCACAGAGUGGAAGCACAAGAAGUUGCUGGUGUCUGCUUGUCAAAUGCAGUGCAGUUCUUCAGUCCAACUUAUGCUUGUGCUGGCUCAGAGGAGACUAUUGAACCUUACACCACUGAGAAGCUCAGUCGUGUUCCUGGAGGUUACAUACCCCUGACAGAACCCUGUCAAGUCAUGACAGUAGAUUUCAAUGAUCUGCAGAAGCUGAAAAGCCUUGCAGCCAGAAAGCCAUGGAAACUCAGCCUGCCAGUCACUGAAGGAGGAAUACUGGAUGCUGUAGUAGUGUGGUUUGUACUACAGCUUGAUGAGGAGCAUGCUCUGUCUACAAGUCCUAGUGAGGAAACUUGCUGGGAACAGGCAGUCUACCCUGUGCAGGGCCAGCUUGAUUACUGUGUGAAGACUGGAGAUACUGUGGUGAUGGAGGUUUGCUGCCAGGACUGCUACCUGAAGAUCCAGAAGAUUUCUUCUGUGUCUCCGGAGUGUGGGAUGGACUUUGGUGACAGAGCUGACCUGCUGAGUUUGGGCAAUGAGGCCGAGUUGUGCAGUGCUCUGGCUGGUCUUCAGACAAGCAGCAAGCAGGAGGGCAGCAGGCAGGUGUGCGUGUUGGAAUCUGCAGAAAUAGCCCUGCUCAAUGAUGUCCCCUACCACGAGUGCUUUAAAGCUGCCAUGGGCAAAGUGCUGCUGUCACUAAAUCCAAGGAAGGACUUGCAGUCCAUGGACGUUGAUGGCCUUGGCAGUGAGAUGAACUUCCAAGAGAGUCAGAACAAGAGCUCUCUAGAUGAGACUCCUGAUCCUCUGUACGUUUUAGAUGUGUCUGAAGGCUUUUCUAUCCUGCCAAUUAUAGCUGGCAAACUUGGACCGGUCAGAGCCUACAGUUCUGUGGAGAAGGAACAGCACCAGGCAGCACUUAAUGUCAUUGCAGAAGCUAACCAUUUCCCUAAGGAAACAUUAGAGUUUUGGCUCAGCCACUUAGAAGAUGAAAGUGUUGUGCUACAGAGACCCAAAUCGGACAAACUUUGGAGCAUCAUUAUCUUGGAUGUUAUAGAGACAUCAGGUUUAAUCCAGCAGGAGGUGAUGGAAAAAGCUGCAAUAUCCAGGUGUCUGCUACACAGUGGAGGGAAGAUUUUCCCACAGUAUGUGUUGGUGUAUGGGAUGCUUGUAGAGUCAGAGUCUCUGCUACUGGAGAGUGCUGUCCAGGGGUCAGAACCAACUCUGGGCUUUAACGUUGCCCCUUUCAUCAACCAGUUCAAGGUACCUGUUCGUGUAUAUUUGGAUCUCUCUACAUUGCCUUGCCUACCCUUGAGUGAGCCAGCAGAGCUUUUAAGGCUAGAUCUCAUGAACCCUCUGCUGAACAGCUCCAGCAGAGAAGUGAAGGUACGAGUUUGUAAGUCUGGCCGAGUGACUGCAGUUCCCUUCUGGUAUCACAUCCAUCUUGAUGAAGAGCAGAGCUUGAAUACAUCUGAUGAGUCGUCCCACUGGAAACAAGCUGCAGUUGUUCUGGAUGAGCCCAUCCCAGUGGAAGUUGGAGAUGAGCUGGUGCUGGACGUUCAACACCACAAAAGCAAUAUCAGCAUCGCAGUCAAGCGGUGACUGCAGGGUGGUGAAGCACCUGUGCAGGAACUGACUCUUCCCCCCAGCACUGCUGUUCACUUGUAUUAAGUCUGCAUUUUCUGUAGGGAUCCAAGAGGCUGUUUUGUGGCAUUAAGAGUAGAUACUUGGCUUCCACUCAGUCUUGCACUGUCAAGGGAGCAGUGAGGGGAGCAAAAAGUGCAGUGACCACAGUGUGGGGACAUACUACUGCUGCUGUCCCAAUUCUGAUUUCAAUGUAAGUCUCAAAUACUGCAAGCCCAAGCUCUUGUCCUAGUUCCACCUAAGAUCUCUCUCCUGGGAGGAGGGCAGUGGUGGUCCUGUGUCAUCAAAUUACUGUAGCAGUAAUUCAAAGUGAACAGUUUAAAUAAAAUCUUUAAUUGCUUAUGUACAACAAA